AGGGUUGGCUAUCGCUGCUCUGACACUGUUGGCAUUUCUUCAAUAACUAGAAUUCUAGGAAAGAAGGCAACUAAAGAUGGGUUGGGAUGGAGAAUAUUAUGCCAAUGGCACUGAGGGCAACAACUUCUACAUUCCCAUGUCCAACAGGACUGGAAUUGUUAGAAGCCCUUUUGAAUACCCUCAGUACUAUAUGGUGGAUUCAAUGGUCUACAAGUGUCUAGCUUUCUACAUGUUCUUCCUGAUCUGCACUGGGACUCCCAUCAAUGGACUGACAUUGUUUGUAACGGCUCAGAACAAGAAGCUCCGUCAGCCUCUCAACUACAUCCUGGUGAACCUGGCUGUAGCUGGACUUAUCAUGUGCCUCUUCGGCUUCACCAUCACUUUCACAUCUGCUUUUAAUGGCUAUUUCAUUCUUGGACCCACUACGUGCACUAUUGAAGGAUUCUUGGCCACACUUGGAGGGCAAAUUUCCCUCUGGUCCCUGGUUGUUCUGGCUAUUGAAAGGUAUAUUGUUGUGUGCAAACCCAUGGGGAGCUUCAAAUUCUCCGGAACCCAUGCUGGAGCUGGAGUCCUUUUCACCUGGUUCAUGGCUCUUGCUUGUGCUGCACCCCCACUUUUUGGGUGGUCCAGGUACAUUCCUGAGGGUAUGCAGUGUUCCUGUGGACCUGACUACUACACCUUAGCUCCAGGCUUCAACAAUGAGUCGUACGUCAUCUACAUGUUUGUCGUUCACUUCUUCACUCCUGUCUUCCUGAUCUUCUUCACUUAUGGAAGCCUUGUUUUGACAGUAAAAGCUGCAGCAGCUCAGCAGCAGGACUCAGCAUCUACCCAGAAAGCUGAGAAGGAAGUAACACGUAUGUGCGUCCUGAUGGUCCUGGGCUUCCUGGUAGCGUGGACUCCAUAUGCUACCUUUGCUGGUUGGAUCUUUAUGAAUAAAGGAGCUGCUUUCACUGCCUUGACUGCUUCUAUCCCUGCUUUCUUUGCAAAGAGCUCUGCACUGUAUAACCCUGUCAUCUAUGUGCUUAUGAACAAACAGUUCCGUAACUGCAUGCUAUCCACUGUUGGAAUGGGCGGCAUGGUGGAGGACGAGACCUCAGUUUCAGCAAGCAAGACAGAAGUCUCAACCGCUGCUUAAGGAUCAUGUGUCUUAACCAGGACGUCUUCUUCACUUUUAUGGACAUUCCUCAAUGAUUGGUUUCAGAUUUGAAAUGAGCACACUCAAAGAGUCUGGAACUUUGCCAAAUGUAUUCAUGGACUCAACAGCUCUGCAAAGGAAUUCUAUCUCCCCUGGUCAUGUGUGCAAAGUAGCAAGUGUACAUUUAUUUGGAAAGCUUUUCUCUACAGUAUUUGGGUGUGUGUUUGUGAGUGUAUGAUUGAAUGAGAGAGAGAGACAAAAGUUAGGGUAAACUGUAAACCUCUGAACAUCUGAAUGCGCAGUCAAAUGUUGGAAAAUGUAUGUGUUUGUUUACCAGUGGAAUUAUU